AUGUCUUUUCAAAAGAACCUUUUCAUCAAUGGACAGCAUGUCCCCUCGAGUACUGGGGCAACGUUGAAAAUCAUCAAUCCUCACGAUGGCUCGAUAGUCGUGGAAGACAUGCAAGUCGCCAGCGAGGAUGACGUGGAAACGGCAGUGAAAGCUGCCAAAGCUGCCUUCCCCUCCUGGAAGAAUACCCCCGCCACAGUGCGAGGGAAAACAAUGGUCAAACUUGCAGAGCUCCUUGAGGCCAACGCUGACAAUUUGGCACGCCUUGAGACUAUCGCAAUGGGACAGCCCAUCUCACUAGCUAAGCGAAUGAUUCUUGCAUCUGCUGGCGUAUGGAGGUAUUACGCUGGUUACGCAGGAAAGGUCGGUGGUGAGGCUUACCCUCCGGAUGGCGACGGCACAUACAAGAUCGUUCAGUACGAGCCGCUAGGCGUCUGCGCCGGUAUUUGCGCAUGGAACGCUUCUCAUGUGCUGUCUGCGUGGAAAAUGGCACCGGCCAUGGCUGCUGGAAACACUUUUGUUCUCAAAUCAAGUGAGAAAUCCCCGAUAUCUAUCGCGCAGUACGGUGCUUUGAUCCAGAGAGCCGGUUUUCCCGCAGGAGUUAUUAACAUACUCACCGGCGAUGGAAAAGUCGGCGCGCUCCUUUCUGGUAAUAUGGAAAUUGCGAAAAUUGCCUUCACUGGGUCUACGGCUGCAGGGCGUGCAGUGCAAAUCGCAGCAGCCAAAUCCAAUCUCAAGAAAGUCACACUGGAGCUUGGUGGAAAAUCGCCCGCGUUGAUCUUCGACGACGCAGAUAUUCCGAAUGCAGUGGCUCACUGCUCCGAUGGCUUCCUGCGGAACUCGGGCCAGAUUUGCUUUUCGGCAUCCCGAGUUCUAGUUCAGGCGAGUGUCGCCGUUGAGUUCAUUAAGGCGAUCCAGAUAGCAUUUGAAGAUGCAGCUCAGAGGAUGGGUGAUCCACAAUUGCCCACAACUGAUUUUGGCCCACUAGCCGAUCAAAUGCACUUCAAUCAUGUCAUGGAGUUUCUCCGCCAAAGCAAGGAAGAAGGCAUCGAGGCGCUGGUCGGAGGGGAGAAGCAUGGAACUAAAGGAACAUUCGUCCAGCCGACUGUUCUGCUUGGACCUGACCAGGACAGCAAGUUGUGGAAAGAGGAAAUCUUCGGCCCGGUUGUUGUCCUGAAGACAUUCAAAACCGAGGAAGAGGCCAUCGAGCUCGCAAAUGACACACCCUUCGGUCUAGGAUCGAGCGUUUUUACAUCAGAUCUUGCCCGAGCACUUCGCAUCGCCGGGCAGAUACAGUCUGGGGCCGUCGGCAUUAACGGUACAUUUGCUACAAACCAGCAAACACCCUUUGGCGGCUGGAAGCAGAGUGGGUAUGGACGCGAACUGGGGCUUGAGGGCCUUAAGAACUAUCUUCAGUCAAAAACAAUUCAUCUUAAUAUGAAUGUUAUGAAGGAAUAA